AGGGCCAGGGGUGGUAGGGCUAGGGGUGGAAGGGCCAGGGGUGGAAGGGCUAGGGAUACCGGGGCCAACAAUAGUAGUAGUAAAUCUUAUGAUGACGCAGACAUUAGUAAUACCCUCCCUCCCUUUCAACCAAGCCGUCCGCCAGGAAUUCAUUUUGAUAGACAUGUCUUGCGGGGAGGAAUGACAACUGAAUUAGAAUUUUUUCAUCUCUUCUUCACCACCGAGAUGAUAAAAUCAGUUGUUGCCCACACCAACAGCUACGCAUUCAUGAGACUUGUAGCUGGGGGGUUCACCACAUACACCACUGGGGAGGGGGCCUGGAAAACAACUACUGAAGAUGAAAUAAAUCGUUUAAUUGCUAUUUUGAUUUAUUUUGGUCUGGUACGUGUAGACACAGCAGUUGAAAAGUAUUGGAGCACAAAGACCCUUUACCACGGUCUCUGGGCAAGGAAAAUACUUUCCCGUAAACGUUACAAAGCCCUUAUGGCAUUCUUGCAUGUGGUAGACCCCGCCGAAGAGGUUGCUAGCAAUAAACUGCGCAAGGUUGAGGAGUUUCUGGCAUCGUUCAAAGAGCGAUGCCGUAUGUUAUACCAACCAUACCAGAAUAUUGCUGUAGAUGAACGCAUGGUUAAGUCUAAGCAUAGGUCAGGGAUUAGGCAAUACAUGAAGAAUAAGCCUACAAAAUGGGGGAUAAAGCUCUGGGUAUUGGCAGAUAGUUCAAAUGGGUAUACAAUUGAUUUCAAUGUUUACAUAGGUAAGUCACAGCAUGAAGCACCGUCGCAGAAUGGCCUUGGUUAUGAUGUGGUGAUGAAGUUGGUGAAUCCAUAUUUGGGGCAGGGGUAUCAUGUAUUUUUUGAUAAUUUUUUUUCAUCCCCUAAGUUAGUCCAAGAUUUGUUCAUGAAUGGGACCCCAUCAUCAGGCACAUGUAAAAUUAACAGGGAGGGUUUCCCCGAAUCCAUGAAGGAUGUGAAGGUGUGGGCGAGGAAUUUGAAGCGAGGUAGCAUGCGAUGGGCAAGGGAAUCCAAUGUGUUAACCCUGCAAUGGAUUGAUAACAGGCCUGUUUCCUUGAUUACAUCAAUUGAUUCCGCGAAUGAUAAAAAGGAUGUGGAGAGAAGAACGAAAACGAGAGGAGUGUUUGAAAAGGUGAAUGUAAGCCAGCCCUAUGCAUUUCAUAGAUAUAACCAGUACAUGAACGCAGUAGAUAGGUCAGACCAAAUGCUUGCAUGUCAUAAUGUAUCUCGUAAGUGUUAUCAAUGGUGGAAGACAUUAUUCUUCCACUUAAUAGAUAUGGCAAUUGUUAACAGUUUCCUUCUAUUUCAAAGCCAUCGUAACAGUGACCCGGGUAAUCCGGCAUUGCAUCGUAAGUCCACAUAUACUAUGGUUGAUUAUAGGGAAGAGCUUGUUAGACAGCUUUGUGGGUUAGCAGAGUAUGAUAGACCUCCUGUAAAUGAGCAAGUGCAGGCUGUUCCUCCCCCAGAUCAGUUCUGUACUGCCCAUUUAGCUACAACAGCAGCAAAUGGUGUAAGAAGGAAUUGCGUUGUUUGUUAUGCAGAAGGUCGAGGGGAGAGGAAGGUUUCUACUUAUUGUAGUGCCCCUCAGUGCAAUAGGCACAUGCAUGUUGGUGGUGAGCAUGAUUGUUUUGUUGUAUGGCAUAGUAGGGAUUACACUGGUAGGAGGUCAUGAGUAUUUCUGCAUUUGGUAUUUUGGGUGGACUGAAACAUGUCCAACAUCAAAUUUGUCAAACGAAUGAAAUUUGUAUCAUAUUUUCCCAUUAUGAUUACAGGUCAUUCAUUGUAUGACAUACAUUUCAUUUUUUAAUAAAAAUUUUCCUUAUUAUUUGUGUUACAUUCAUGUAUAUUUAAUGUAAUUAUUUACUUUAUUAUUAAAAAUUAAAAAAAGAAGUGUGUUUCCUAAUGAAUUUGAUUGCAAGCGGUGUCGUUCAAUCUCACAAUAGUACUUUUGGGUGCCUGUACACAUUUUUUUUACUCAAUCAAAUGGGGAAAUUUCCCUUGAACAUAGUAGAACAUAAUGGUGUCAGCUACUUUUAAAAUUAUGUUGCUGCAAACAUUUGUUGUUUACCAGGGGGGGGGGGUGACUUUCCCAAUUCGGGUUGCCGAGUUGCUUAGAACCUUUAUUUUGACAAAUAAUGGAAAGGAUUUCACUGGAGAGAAUGUGGGGGGGGGGGGAGUUAAAUUCUUAAAGCCUACCCACUACCACUAUGUAAAAAAUAUAUAUAUGACUCUGGCAUGAUUACUAGAUUGGAGACAUGUCAAUGAAAUUGAAGGUAAGAUUCUGCCAUUUCUAAAGAGUGAACUUCAAAAAUUAAAAAAAAUAUUUUCUGUUAGUCAAUUAUUUUGAAACUUGGCACACAUAUACUAUAUAACCUAAGCGAACUUUUCAUAAAUAUAAUGCAUUGAAAAUUGUGCAUUGUUUGAUCUUAAUGACGCAAAAUGCAAAUAUUAUUGCCACAUUUUUGCAUAAUUUAAGCAAAUUUAUGCAUUUUUUGGUCACGUGUCACAUUUGAAAACGGAACCAACGUCAUCAAUCGAUAGCCGAAGUCAUGAGCUUUCCAACGAUGCAUUAUGCGCUUAAAAGGGUCAAGUACUCGCAGAGAAAAUCACACCGGAACAUAACACACCUAUCCAUCACGUGAAUAGGACGGUCUUAGCUUUUGUAUAGG